AUGGAAAAGAGCGAGCGUUAUGUUGUCUAUGACUGCGACAUUGGCAUAGAUGAUGCCUGGGCACUUAAGCUGCUGCUGCGAGCUGAGGAAUAUUCUCAAGUCCUGAGCAGUCCUUUGGCUGAGGAAAAAUUCAAAGUAAAGGCCAUUACUUGUGUCAGAGGCAAUGCUGAAGUCAAUGAUACAGCAAGAAACGCCUUGCGACUGCUGACUACGCUCAAGCGUUUAGAUGUUCCCGUCUAUAAAGGUUCCAAGGAGCCCAUAGUGCCCACUAGCUGGAAACCACACUUUGAUUUUCAUGGCAAGGAUGGCUUGGGUGAUGUAGGCGAUUAUCCUGUAGUAGAUGAGCAGGCUUUAAUAUCACAAGAGCAUGCUGUAUUGGCCAUGUAUCGUUUGGUCUGCGAACAUCCUGGUCAAGUGGAUUUCCUGCUGGUUGGUCCACUUACGAACUUUGCCAUGUGCAUUAAUCUUUAUGGAGAUGCGUUCUUGAGCAAAAUUGGCAAAGUUUAUAUAAUGGGAGGCAACAUUUAUGGCAAAGGUAAUGUUACUAAAAGUGCUGAAUUUAAUUUUCGCUUGGAUCCAGAGGCAGCGUACAUUGUACUAGAGCGGCUUAAGUCACCAGCUUUUAUAUUACCAUGGGAAACUUGCAUAUCUGAGCAAGCGAACAUAGCGCUGGACUGGCGCUGGCAAGUUUUGGGUGCCCUACAAACGGAUUUUGUUAAGCUUAUGAAUCGUGCUGAGCGUAAAAUUCUGAUACCAAGAGGUUUUGUCAACUGGCUAACUUGCGAUCUGCUCUUGGUUGCUGCUUACCUAUUUCCAAGCAAAGUAAUUUCUCAAAUCAGUGAAUUCUAUGCUAGUGUGGAACUAAACGGCGCACAGACACGUGGUCAAAUGGUUUUGGAUCAUAAAAAGGGCAAAAUAGUGGAUGAUUUCCAUGGCAAGCCAGUUAAUUUGAAAAUUAUUCAGAAAGUUCAGGCGGAGCACCUGAAAUUAAUAUAUAACUCAACGCAGCAGCUGAAGCACGAAGAAGAAGAAAAAACAAAGACAAAGUAA